UUAAUAUUCCUUCUUCAAAUGCUGUAGGAGGUGAAUGAAGAGGAUGGAGGCAGUGAGGUGGAUGUGGAUGAAGGGAUGGAGAUGAAAGAGUGUGGCGAUGGGGACGGAGAGGGGCCGUAUCUCUCAGAGGUUGAUCCUCCUGCCAGUGAGAGUGAGGAUGGAUACGGCAGUCACUCUCAGCGCUACACUACAGCGGACUCCACCGCCAGCAGCCCUGCCUCAUCACAGUUCUCCAUGUGUAGUGAAGAUCAAGAGGCCUUGCAGGCUCAGAAGAUCUGGAAGAAAGCCAUCAUGCUGGUGUGGCGGGCAGCAGCCAAUCACAGGUAUGCAAGUGUGUUUCUGCAACCUGUGUCUGAUGACAUCGCCCCUGGUUAUCACAGCAUCGUACACAGACCGAUGGACCUAUCAGCCAUCAAAAAGAACAUAGAGUCUGGGCAGAUCCGCACGACGGCGGAGUUCCAGCGUGACAUCAUGCUGAUGUUCCAGAACGCGGUGAUGUAUAACAGCUCGGAUCAUGACGUCUACCACAUGGCCCUGGAGAUGCAGAGGGACGUUCUGGAACAGAUCCAGCAGUUCUUGGCCACUCAGCUGAUCAUGCAAACAUCAGAAUCAGGCAUCAGCACCAAGAGCCUGCGCGGAAGGGAGGCCAACCGCAAACAAGACCCCAAUGAGAAGACCCUGAGUCCUGCACACAAAGACCCUCAUUUAGAGCCAGAACCACCAGCCAGAUGGAAAAGGAACAACUCCAAACAAGACACUUAUGAGAAGGACAGCCUAUCCAUGGCCUCUCCUGCUUUCCUUCUCUCUCUCUUUGAUGGAGGCACCAGAGGGCGUCGCAGUGCCAUUGAGGCUGAUAUGAAGAUGAAAAAGUGAACUGAGAUGUCUCACUGCAGCUGUUAUGGAAGUGCAAAUAGGCUUUAUUUCCGUUUCUUUAAGACGUUCUGGCUAAGUUUAGUUACUCAAUGCCUCAGUGGUUUGACACAGCAAUUCAACAGUCUAAUUACAGAAGGACACCAAAAGAAGGGACUUUCACAGAAACCCUUCAGUCCUAGACCUGAAAAACUGGUCAAGUGUGCUCUGAGACUAGACUCACGGGACAGGACAAACUGACCUUGUGUUUGUUUGAGUUUAGAGGAGUUGUUUAAAAGUUUUUGACUUGAUGUCACAAAUUUAGCUGUCAUCACUGGCCUUUUAAAAAAGCUGAAUGUACCACCGUCAUGACCACUGGAUGGUUAGAAUUUAGGAUGUCAUUUUCUAGAGCUGAGAAUGAAACCUUACAAGCCAUUGUUCAAAACAAAGAUUACUAUCGCCUUAUCAGUUUGAGAGGAUGUGGAACGACGGAGGACAGAGCAAUAAAAGUAAGCUUUUUUUCUUCUAUAGGAAUGAAGAUGGAUCCUACGUUUCUUUAAGCUUGAUUUUUGCCCAGUCAGGAUCAUGGAUGCUUUGGAUUACAGUUAAAGGCCUACUGUACUAUGUUCAGUUUGUUUUCGUUCUUUAAGUGAGACGUAAUAAUUUGACAUCUGUACGUUUCAAAAGAACAUAGUUUUGUACAGGGUCUUUGUGUACAGUGUUUUUGUAUAUUGUGUCGUGAAAUGUUUUAAUAAAACAUGAGUGUCUGCAAUUACACAAUGUUAUUUUAAGAAUAAUUUAUUCAACUUGUGCUUUCAAACAAAAACUAUUAGUACAAAUGCUUCACUGGGAGGACAAUACCAGCUUGUCCUGUU